CGCCCCCAGUGACACAAUAGCAGCUCCCUCCAAGAUGGCGGCGGCGACGGCGGACCCGGGAGCUGGGAGCCCGCAGGUUGGAGACUCCUCCGGCGGGGCCACUGGGUGCGGGCUGCCGUCCCCAGGGGAGCAGGAACUGAGCCGGCGCCUGCAGCGCCUGUAUCCCGCGGUCAACCAGCAUGAGACGCCGCUGCCGCGCUCCUGGAGCCCCAAGGACAAGUACAACUACAUCGGCCUCUCCCAGGGCAACCUCCGCGUCCACUAUAAAGGUCAUGGCAAAAAUCACAAAGAUGCGGCGUCAGUGCGUGCCACCCACCCCAUACCUGCUGCCUGUGGCAUUUAUUACUUUGAGGUGAAGAUUGUCAGCAAAGGAAGAGAUGGGUACAUGGGAAUAGGACUCUCAGCUCAAGGCGUCAACAUGAACAGACUUCCUGGUUGGGAUAAACAUUCCUAUGGUUACCAUGGUGAUGAUGGGCAUUCCUUCUGCUCCUCGGGGACUGGCCAGCCCUAUGGUCCCACAUUCACUACAGGAGAUGUGAUUGGGUGCUGCGUCAACCUCAUCAACGGCACUUGCUUCUACACCAAGAAUGGCCACAGCCUUGGUAUAGCCUUCACAGACCUCCCGGCCAACCUCUACCCCACCGUAGGCCUGCAGACACCCGGGGAGAUUGUGGACGCCAACUUUGGGCAGCAGCCCUUCCUGUUUGACAUUGAGGACUACAUGCGGGAGUGGCGUGCCAAGGUCCAGGGCACUGUCCACUGCUUCCCCAUCAGUGCCCGGCUUGGCGAGUGGCAGGCGGUGCUGCAGAACAUGGUCUCGUCUUACCUGGUGCAUCAUGGGUAUUGUGCCACGGCCACGGCUUUUGCCCGAAUGACUGAAACCCCGAUUCAGGAAGAACAAGCAUCCAUAAAGAACAGACAAAAGAUUCAGAAGCUGGUGCUGGAGGGCCGAGUGGGGGAGGCCAUUGAGACCACACAGCGCUUCUACCCAGGGCUGCUGGAGCAUAAUCCCAACCUUCUCUUCAUGCUUAAGUGCCGACAGUUUGUGGAGAUGGUGAACGGGACUGACAGUGAGGUCCGCAGCUUGAGCUCUCGAAGCCCCAAGUCCCAGGACAGCUACCCUGGCUCCCCCAGCCUCAGUCCCCGACACGGCCCCACUAGUUCCCACACGCACAACACAGGAGCAGAUAGUCCCAGCUGCAGCAACGGCGUCGCCUCCUCCAAGAGCAAACCGAACCACAGUAAAUACCCUGCACCCAGCUCCUCCUCGUCCUCGUCAUCCUCCUCAUCCUCCUCAUCUCCCUCCUCAGUGAAUUACUCCGAGUCCAACUCUACAGAUUCCACCAAGUCCCAGCCCCACAGCAGUACCAGUAACCAGGAGACCAGCGACAGUGAGAUGGAGAUGGAGGCGGAGCAUUACCCCAAUGGUGUGCUGGAGAGCAUGUCCACACGCAUCGUCAACGGUGCCUACAAGCAUGAGGACCUGCAGACGGAUGAGUCCAGCAUGGUCCUCCCUUGUCUGUUUGUGCCCUCCCGAUGUGCCCCCUGCUGGGCUCUGGGUGCAGAUGACGGGCAUCCGCGGCGGCAGCUCUGCGGGGGCAAUCAGGCAGCCACGGAAAGAAUUAUCCUGUUCGGCCGCGAGUUGCAGGCACUGAGUGAGCAGCUGGGCCGGGAAUAUGGCAAGAAUUUGGCCCACACGGAGAUGCUGCAGGAUGCCUUUAGCCUGCUUGCCUACUCAGACCCCUGGAGCUGUCCAGUUGGCCAGCAGCUUGACCCCAUCCAGAGGGAGCCUGUGUGUGCCGCCCUCAACAGCGCCAUUUUAGAGUCUCAGAACCUGCCAAAACAGCCCCCGCUGGUGCUCGCCCUGGGCCAGGCAUCUGAGUGUCUACGGCUCAUGGCCCGAGCGGGCCUGGGAUCUUGCUCUUUUGCCAGAGUCGACGACUACUUGCACUAGCUGACCACACUGGCUGGCCCCACCUGGCCCUCCCUCGGCCCCAGGGCUGGAGCAGCCCUGCCCUCCAUCGGCACCUGGUGCAGGGACCCGGAAGCCACGUGCAGAGUCCACUCCUCCUGCCUGGCCUCUUCUGUUCCCUUCCUCCCUUCCUUUCUGUUUCUCCCACCUUCAGUCUCUCUCUCUCUCCCCCCUUCACGUGCAGUGGCCUAUGACACAGUAUUGGCUGGUUACUCUUCAUGUAGCACCUUCUAUUUUGAAAAGAGGGGGGUUGUUUUGAGGAGAGGUUGGGGUUUUUUAAUCUUUUUUUUUUUCCCCCUCCUCCUGACUGAGCCACCAGUAUUUAUCUCUGGAGAGUUUGUGCUGAGCUGGUUUCUGCUAAUUUAGUGAUGAAGCCUAUCCACGUUGGUGAUAGCUUAUUAUUUUCAUAAGUAAAAAAAAAUGAGAUUAUAUAUAUAAAUAUAUAUAUUAAAAAAAGACACAGUAUUUAUCGUAGUGUUAGUGGUCCAGCACCUCUUGGGUGAGGCUGUCCAGACACCAUGUUUUUAUUUGAGUCCCAACUCAUCAAAAAAGAAUCAUCUCUGUCACCUCAGCCAAGGGAUUUAUUUCAGGCUUCCCCUUUGUUGAACUACAGGCCCAGCUGCAGCCUAGGAAAGCCCAGUAGGCUUUGGGAGCCUCACAGUGGGCAGGAUAGGCUAAGCUGGUUUGCAGCAUCCGAGAGGUGUGGGUGCCUAGGCCUCUGAGAGUUGAACUGAGCAGAGAACUGCAGGGCCAAGGGGCCACAGAAGAGAUGACUUGGCCCAGGGCUAACAGCAAAGCGAGGGAGGAGAGGGUGCUCGGCCAGCACGCUGUCCACCAUCCUACCCUGCCUCUCACUGCCUGCCUUGACUCUCUCUCUCUCUUCCCUUUUCAUCAUCCCGCCUUUCCUUGUUAAGAUGGCCAAAUACUUCAUUUCCUCUAAAUUGAUUGCCUGGGAACUACCUGCCUUCGACCCGCGAGCUGCUGUGUGUCAGGCUGCGGGGAGGGAGUCUCCUACAGGGAGGUCCCUGGGCACAGGGGCUGCCUUCUUCCUGCCUGGGUCUUCAUCUUCUCUGCACAGCUUGGAUGGAAUCAACACUUCCUGUUGAGAAGCCAGGACCUUGUGGAGGCAGAUUUGUGGACUGCCUGUCGCCAGAGUGGAUGGAACCUUUGACCCCCCCAGGCUAAGCCUCACUGUAGCUGUGCCAGGCAGCUCCCUGCAGUUUGGCCCCAGUCAUUCUUAGGAAAGACUGUUAUGAGUAUUUGCUGGCUAGAGGAAGGGACCUCAUGGGCUUGACAGAUGUCCCAGUGUCCAUGUCUGAUGGAUCCUCACAGCUAGUGGGUCAGAAACUGUCUUAGUACUGCCAUCAGGGAAUCAGGAGAGGAAGGGCUAAGAUGGAGGCCAGGACUUGAGCAGGCUAUCUGUGGAGAGGACUGACCGCCCACGGGAAGGAAAGGGAGGUGCCCUCCCAGAGGAGCAGGAGGAGGGGCCGGGAUUUCCCCAUCUGCUUCACAGCGGGAGGGAAUGCACGACAGCCCCUGCUAAGGGGCAAGGUCAGAAGUCAAGCUUCCAGUCCCUGCCUGGAUCUGGGUUCUCCAUCAGUGCAUACUGGAAUGUUUGGAAGUGGCCUGAGGUGCCCACUGGGACUUGCUGGGCCUACAGCUGGACAAGAGAAAUAAUUGAGUUGAACUAAGUGCUGGUGAUGGGGUCAGGGCCCUCGGCCCUGUGCUCCCCCAGAAUUCUGUCCCGGGACACACCCUGAAGGUUGCUGCUUUUUCUUGGUCCCCCCUGGGGCCCUGGCUGGCAGCCCAGAGACCACAAAGCAUCAGGAAGGUGGUGUCCUGUCUGUGAAGGAAAUUCAUCCUCUGCAAACCUGGGAAUGCCCAGCUCCCAAACCAAUGGGUUGGAAAAAUCAGGCUGUUAAAAUGAUUGGAAGCACUCAGGACUGGGAAUUAAAACCAGAGGCUUUUGCAAUUGGAAUGAAGUUCAGAGACCAUCUACUCCACCAAUCCUCUCCUUUUAUAGAUAAGGAAACAGGCCCAGGAGAUUGAGUUGGCCAAAGACACUCAACAGAUGGGGGCAGAACUGGGACUAAGCUCAUCCCUGUGGCUUGGACAACACUGUUGAGUCCUAAAGCUGAAUGGCAGGCGAGGGAUUAGGCUGGUGAGGCCUCCAGCAAUGUCUGAGCAGCUGGUACCUUCAGGGGUGUGUCAGGGGUGGGGAUGGGUGCCUGGGCUUGGGUUGUGGAGCGGCUGAGAGGGCCCCGGAGGGCUCAGGACAGCUGUGUGCUGCUCGGGGUUGGGUGUCCGCCUGGCUCACGCUCAGUGCCCAUGGCCACCUCCCCAUUUUCUGUGCCUUAUCUCACUGUUUCAGCUGAGUCCAAGUUGUUUACUCUGUUCCUCUCCAAAGGGGCACUGUGUCCCAUUUGGACAGCUCACCUUUGGGACAUUAGCCUUUGCCCCACAAGCCGUGGAGAGGACCAAAAUCAAGCUGCUUGAGCCCACUGUCUUGCUGAUAGUCCAGGCCUGCCUGCCAACCAGCGGAGCCCCUGCUACACACCCAGUCCUACCAGCCUACUUCCAAGAGCCAAGAGUGGGGCAGGCACCUGGGAGGAGUCCUGGUGAAGAACUGGACUUCAGCCAAGGAGGCAGGAGGAAGACCUGGCUCUGUUGGGUCGUUCAACUCUGGGGGAGCAGCCUUUCCCUCUUACCUUUUCCUCUUGUUCCACCAAAUGGUCGCUCUUUUCCAGAGCAGAAACUGGCGGACAUGCAACGAUAGCCAGAACCCCUGUCCCUCACCCACCUGGGUCUGUGGCUGGACGUGGGCUGGCAGAACAGGGACACCAAGAGAUGGAGAAGGGGGACUUCCCAACCUCCCAGCAUCUUCCUAGCCCGUAAGCAAGCACAAAGAUGAGGCAGAGAUCUGUCAGAGCUGAAAGUUCCUUUGGUUGCUCACAACUCAGGUAUGCACACCGUGUGGCAGCUGGGCAGCAGAGCCCUACUUGGCCGCGAGUCCCGUGCACCCAGACCUGUGGCCAGAUCGUGGACUCUGGCUGCCUCAGGCGCCGCCUCUUUGCAUAGGGUUCUCCUCCAUUAGUAACUACAGCCGACUCGGAUGUCCUCCACAUUGUGCACACUGGUUCUGCCUUUGUCCUCGCAAGUUGAUACUUGGCAUUAGCAUGAAACGUGUGGGUGUGGGAGGGUUUAGAGAGAAUUCUAACACACAACAUCCUAUUAAAUUGUACUUGAGAGAUGAAAAAACUCCUGUUGUAUUUUGACAGAAUUAUUUUUAUUAAAAUACACAUCCAUGA